GUUCAGGGACCUGUUAUAGUAGAGGAUACCUGCUUGUGCUUUAAUGCCCUGGGGGGGCUUCCAGGACCAUACAUAAAAUGGUUCCUGGAAAAACUCAAACCAGAAGGCCUGUACAAGCUGCUGGCUGGCUUUGAAGACAAAUCUGCCUACGCUCUCUGUACCUUCGCAUUCAGUACUGGAAACCCAGAGGAGCCUGUGAAGCUGUUCAAAGGCCAGACUCAUGGGCUGAUAGUGGAGCCCAGAGGCCCCCGAGAUUUUGGCUGGGAUCCCUGCUUUCAGCCGGAUGGCUACAGCCAAAC